AUCUAUAUUCAAUCCGAAUCGUUGAACUUAUGCUAUUGAGCUGUUUUCUCGUGACAAUAUUUCUUGCUUUUUAGGGUGGUAAUGGCUAGGGCAGCUUGGGUUGGCCUGGUCAGUCCAGCCCUACAAAAUUGGGGUCUGGGCUAUAAAAUGUAGUCUGAGGGCCAGGGCCAGGGCUGGGCAACUAUAGUCUAAGGGUAGGGCUGCGCCGGGCCUGGGUCAAUGCUCCCCCGUUAGGACUGACACCUCAAAAGAUGGCCUUCAUCAGGCCUCUUUGACCGGUUCAGGACCUUGCCAGGCUGGGUCAGAGUAGGCCCAUUGUGUAUUUGGUGUAAUUGCGUCUGAGCGCGGAUAAGAUACUCCUGCGAAUCACGCUGUAGAUUUACUCUCGUUUUUCUUCAGCGGCGGUUUGUGGCAUGGUAGGUCUCUCUACCUAAGCUCUAACGCAUAGCAAGCAGGCAGGUAGGCAGGCCAUGCGGCAUCGCAGGUCUCUCUAUAAAACAGUGCAGUUGCGUGUGAGCAUUUGCGCCCAUGUGUUCUUCUGAUCUAUCAUGGCUAUGCAACCUCUUCAAAGACUCAAUCACGGAACUUACCGAUUGUGGUCCCAUUAUCCUAACUGAGGAGAGAGAAAUGGAUACAUUGAUACGGUUAUCACAGGGAGUUUUGAUGAAUGUGGUGUGUGAAGAUAAAAGUGAUAGGACAUUCCAAGCCUCCUCUCCAAUGGGUCAUGACUGCCUGAAUAUCAUCAUGCCUACCCUUGUGGUCUUCUUAACGUUUGCAAGUCAGUUUGUUCGUCAUUCAGCUGGGAAAGUUUUUGUGGUUCUUUCCAACUUCCUUGGGAAAUAUGGAAACAAAUGGGAGAAAUUAAUAUAUUUUCUAUGGAGUAGCUUAGAAGCAGCAAUAUUUAGCAUUGAUUCUUCAUUUCCUCUAAUAAUUGGAGAUGACCAGUUCAAUCACAUCGCCACCAAAACCUCAGAGAUACGAUAUGAUCACCUCCUGCUUCUUGAUUACCUUAUCUCAAAAGAUAUAGGAGUUCUAUGUUUGCAAUACCUUCUAAGAUGUUUGCGGCUAGUUUGUAACUCAUGGCCUAUAUUUAAAGGAUUUUCAAUGCCUAAUCAUGAGAUGAAUCGGUUAUGUUGCAAGAGAAGAACGGUCUCAGUGGAUGGACGUGAUUUUGUGGGGAAGGUACAGCCUCUGUCCUCUUCAGUUGAAGGAAUUAGUGCUACACAGCCACCACGAACAGGUCAUAAAAAGAGGAAAGGGAAGACUUCAGGAGAGUCGACUUUUGAAAAUGCGGAAGAAUGUUUGCUGUCUUUGAAGUAUGCUCUGGAGAAUCUUCCCAAAAAGAACUUGUUCCCUUAUAACCCAACUGCUUUAUUGAGAAGUUUCACGAGAUUUCAGAAAUUCUGCAGUAACAAAGAGAGGGAAAGCAUCGAUUACAAAACCUAAAUGGAAAAGGACUUGGGAAAUUUCCAGCCUCAAGAAGCAAACUUUUGCCAUGUUACGUUGGGAAUGCGAGAAAUGCAGAGUCAGUUGUCAAUUUACCGACGUUUUAGAUCAAACUUAACUCACUGGGACUGGAUUGUGAACAGGGCACAGUAAAUCUCCACCAUAAUCUUUCGCAACAAUUGCUUGAUUCUGUACAUAGAAAAACAUGAGAUGUGAAGUCCCCUCUUUCUUGGUCUAGAGGUAAUUAUUUCCUUUGCGAAAAUAUGUUCCGACCGAGAACUUUAAGGAACACUAUGGCCAUAGGGCCCCAUUUGCAUAAGAAUAUUUGCAAAGAGGACCCAUCAAACAUGCCAUUAUUGUCAAUUUGUACAUUUUACUCUCCCAUCAUCCCCAUUCAAUCGAUUGAUGGGACCGUGAUGACCCUAUUACCAUACUGUAACGUCUAACGAGUCAUUAAUGGUAUAUGGACCUUUUUUUUUUUUUUA